CCAUUAAUCGACCGAGUCAAUUGACCCCACCGUAUAACUGGAAAAAGUCAUGGGUUAGCAGGGAAAGGGGAAAGCACAGAGAAGGUCGAAAAAGAAAUGGAGUUUGUGGGAAAGAUUGUGAAGAAACCAUUCGAAGGGUUUGGGUUGUUCUCAGGUGUUAUUGAGUCUUAUGAUCCAUCAUCAGGGUUCUUCAAGGUCUCUUAUGAUGAUGGGGACUUCGAAGAAUUGGAGUUUGACGAAGUUAGUUCCAUAUUGCAGAUCGAGCAAGAACAUGGCAUGGGAGUGCAGAUCCAGAGGCCAAGGAGACGGCGAAAGCCUAAAAAGCGGCGAAUGAUGGAGGAGACCCAAUUGAUAACAGGUGAGUUCACAGAGACGCAUGCUAACAGUUGUGUUGGUGAUUUUGCAGAUACCCAUUCGGGAGAAGCCAAUUCUGUGGACACCCAAAUGGAGAAGAGUGGUUUUGCUGAUUCCCAAAUGGUGGAAAACGGUUUUUCUGGGACCCAAAAAAAGAGACAUGGUUUUGAAGAUACCCAACUGGAGGAAAGCGGUUUUGUGGAGACCCAACAGGAGGAAAGUGGCUUUGGUGAUGCCCAAAUGGAAGGAGGUGGUUUUAUGGAGACCAAAGAUACCCAACUGGAGGAAAACGGUUUUGUGGAGACCCAACUGGAGGAAAAUGGUUUCGAUGAUCCCCAAAUGGAAGGAGGUGGUUUUAUGGAGACCGAACAGGCGACAAGUGGUUUUGCUGAUACCCAAAUGGAGGAAAGCGGUUUCAUGAAGAACCCUGCAGAGAAAAGUUUUUUUACAGAUACCCAUAUGGAAAAAAAUGGUUUUGGUGGAAGCGAAUCAGGGGCUUCCAUUGACCAAGUUGCUGAUUCAGUCAAAACCCAUGGUUUUGCACAGAUGCAAAUGGAGAAAGGUGUUUUUCUAGCUGGCUCUUUGGGUUCUCAUGUGAAGAACGGUGUCUCUAAUGGAGUUCUGGUCCAAGCCCAAAUGGAGGCAUGCGAUUUUGUGGAGUCUCAAAUGAAAGAAAGCCCAUUUCCUGCUCCAAAAAGAAGAAAAACUUGUGAUGGGAACAGUAAUUCUUUGCUUCCAACUCCUCCUAGAAGGAGCUCUCGAUUAACUGGAACAUCUUCUGUUUCAGUCCCAGUGCCAAAGAAAUUAGAAUUAGAAGACGCCAUUGCUGAGCCAUUUAAGAACCAGGAUGGUCCUCAAAUAGUGUCAUUGCCACCUUCUUCUAAGGAUCUUCAGAGUGAUGACCUCCCUGUUCUUGACCUCUUCUCUGUUUACAGUUGUUUGAGAUCUUUCAGUACAUCUUUGUUUUUGAGUCCAUUUGGUUUGGAAGAUUUUGUAGCAGCACUCAAGAAUGAGACUGCAAAUUCUCUAUUAGAUUCCAUUCAUUUUUCUCUUCUACAAGCUCUAAAGCGACACUUGAAAUUUCUCUCCGCCGAGGGUUCAAAUUCUGCUUCAACUUGCUUGAGGAGCCUCGAUUGGAACCUACUGGAUUUAAUUACAUGGCCAGUUUACCUCGUAGAUUAUGCUCUUAUUUGUGGAGUUGGCAAGAAAUCCAGCAUUGUACUUGAUUGCAAAAAGCUGUUGAAUGGAGGCUACUGGAAACAAUCUCCAACCGUUAAACUUGAGAUUAUUCAGUGCCUAUGUGAUGAUGCUAUGGAGGCAGAACAUAUAAGAUUAGAGCUUCAAAGAAGGGUCUCUGCUUUUGGACUUGACGUGGAUUGGGAUAAAAGCAUAGAAAGUUCUAGGAAGAGGAAGGUUUUAAGGAACGACAUAGGCAAUAAGUCUGAUAAGCUUGAGUUGAAUGGGUUCAGUGAUUCUGGCAUGAGUUUAGAUGUUAUUGGAGUUGCUUCACCAGAAUGUAUCGAUGAUGAUUGUGACAUGAACCAUGAUGAAUGCUGCAUUUGCAAAAUGGAUGGAAGCUUGAUUUGUUGUGAUGGUUGCCCAGCUGCUUAUCAUUCAAGGUGUGUUGGGGUCUCCAAAGCCUUGUUACCGGAGGGUGCUUGGCAUUGCCCAGAGUGCUUAGUGGAGAAGCGUUAUGGGCGACGGGAGCCAUUGAAAUUUCUCCAGGGUGCAAAGCUUUUGGGAAUUGAUCCUCAUGGGCGACUUUUCUUUGGUACUUGUGGCUACCUUCUGGUGUGUGAUUCAUGUGAUCCAGCAGCCAACCAUUUUUACUACAACCGUACUGAUUUGAGGUUGGUUCUUGAAGCAUUAAAAUCAUCCGAUUUUUUAUAUGAUGGUAUUAUUCAUGCGAUUACCAUGCAUUGGGAGAUGUCCUUAGACUCUGCUGAAGUGAAAGGUUCUUUUAAUCUUGAGAAUCAUGCCUUCUCUACAGACUUAAGCCCAAGCAGUCAAAGUUGUGAAAUACCUAUGGUUCCUCCAUCUUCCCUUCCAUCUUCUCAUCCCAAAGCGCUCAAAGAUUCCUCCAUAUUUGUUUCGGAAGGGAUUCUCGAAAGAAAUGAUGAGAAUGAGAUUGGUCAGAUGCAUUCAAAUACUGAAAUGGCAACUCCUAUGGCUGAGGAAUCUCUAGAAAUUCUUAAGCCAAAGCGACUGGGUUCAUAUAUUGACAGUGAUAUUGACUGUGCUGUAAAAGAAGUGGACCAUAGUUCAGGUCAUUUACCAGAAAAUAAAUCUUCUGAGAUAGAAGAUUUUAAGUUGGAAGCAGGCGACAAUAUUGAUCUGAUUGAUGACAAAGAGAAAAGUUCUUCAGUUCCUAGAUCUGUUUCUGUUCAGAAGUGCAUGAAAGAUGAUAGAUCAUCACUAAAAAUUAAAUCUGGGCCUAAUUUAUAUGUAAAACCUAAUUCAUAUGUAAAUCUUUAUUCUUUUGGUCAUGUAGCUGCAUCUGUUGCUGAAGAUUUAGCAUGUGUACCCUCAAAUAGAAUAAAGGAUUCCUCCUCCAAAAAAUUAUCUCCGGAAAUGGAAGAGCUGAAGAUUUUUUCGAGGUCAUUUCUGCACUUUCAGUGGCCUAAUAUUGAAGGAAAAAUGGAGAACCUACAGCAAGAAAAUUGUGGGUGGUGCUUCAAUUGCAAAAUUUCCAGUGAUAAAGAUUGUUUAUUCAACAUGGCUAAUAGACGGGGCUUUCAAGAUGGUAAAUCUGGUGCAAUUGGUCCUCAUCGGAAGAAUAGGGAGCAGAAUCUUGUGUCAGUCAUAUCAUACAUUCUUUCUAUGGAACACCACUUACGUGGUCUUCUUACGGGUCCAUGGGAAAAUCCGCACUUCAGUAAGCACUAUCGUAAAAGUGUGCGUAAGGCAUCAACUGCUGGAUCACUGAAGCAUUGGUUACUUACUUUAGAGUCAAAUAUGCGGCGUGUUGCACUUUCGGCAGAUUGGUACAAGCAAGUGGACUCUGCAGUUACUUUGGGGUCUGCUUUUCUUUUCUCAACCAGUUUACUAGAUAUAUCUGCAAAACGUGGGGCUGGAAGAAAGCGGGGUAGGAAGAACCUACCAGAUUCUCAAGCAGAAUCAAUUUUGAAAAUAGCUAAGAGAUCAGGUCUCCAUUGGUGGAGGGGUGGAAGGACUUCACGCCAAGUGUUUCACUGCAAGGCAUUGCCUCGGUCUCUGGCAUGCAAGGGAGGAAGGCAAGCUGGUUGUAAAAAGCUUCCAGGAUUGGUUUACAAUGAAGGUUCGGAUUUUGCCAAGAGAAGCAAAUAUAUUGCCUGGAGAGCUUGUUUAGAGAUGGCAACAAGUGUAGCACAACUUGGUUGUCAGCUUAGGGACCUUGAUCAACAUAUUAUGUGGGAUGAUAUAGUGAGCACUGAAGUUUUCUCUCGUUCAGAGAGGGAAGCUACUAAGCUUGUUAGACCUUUGAAGAAGGUGACUAUUCGGAGUAAAUGUACAGAGGGGCUGGAGAUAAAGUAUUUAUUGGACUUUGGAAAGAGAAAAACUGUUCCAAGCUUUGUUGUCAAACAUGGUGCAAAGGAUGAAGAAGAAUUGAAUGGGAGGAAAGCAAAGUAUUGGCUUGAUGAGUCUCAUGUUCCUCUGAAUCUCUUGAAAGCAUUCGAAGAGAAACAACUGGCUCAUACGCAUAGGAAGAUGAAACCUGAGGAGUUGCCUCAGGUGUGGCAAAAAGGCUUGAAAUCUUCACGAGAAAAUGUAUUUCUACGUCUUUUAUCCAAAGCAGAGAAAUACGAUAGCUGUCAGUGUGGUCACUGCAAACAGGAUGUGUUGAUCAGGAAAGCAGUGAGCUGCCAUUUUUGUAAAGGAUAUUUCCAUAGGAAGCAUGCAAAAGCAUCUGAAGUUCCAAGUACUGAUGGGAUCAAAUACACAUGCUACGGUUGCCAAGGGAAAGCCCAAGUGAGAAGAAAAGCAAAGGUUGCACUAGCAGAAAAGCAAAAGAUCUCAACAAAUAGAUGUUCAGAGCGUCUGGCAAAGAAAGUGAAAUACGUCUCUCUGAGAAGCAGCAAGCUUACUGAUCAAAAGAAAAAAAGAAGUAACAAGCCCACCAAUCAUAAGAGAAAACGAAGUUACAACAUUACUGAUCAAAAGGAAAAGAGAAGUAACAAGCAUAAUGUUCGCAAGAAAAAAGGUCCAUGUCAAAGCAGAAAUGUCACAUUUAGGAACAGUACGAAUAUCGUCGUAAAAAGGACUAAAGCGCUAAGAACCCAGGUGCGGCGUGUUUAUUGGCUAAAUGGCCUUCUCUGGACAACAAAGUUGGAUGAUAUUCGUGGAAAUGAUUUCAGAAACAGAAAAGUUCUUCUUUCAUCUGAAGAUGCUAAAAGAUUCUCAGCAUAUCCUAUAUGCUUUCUUUGUCACGAAGAAUAUGAUGCUCGGCUCAUCUACCUUAGCUGUGAAAACUGCGGAGAUUGGUUUCAUGGAGAUUCUCUCGGUGUUACUGAAGAAAACAUUGUCAGCCUGCUUGGUUUCAAGUGUUACCAAUGCCGAGAGAGGACUGCUCCUACUUGUCCAUAUGCCAAGGAAGAGAAUCCCUCUUAUAAAAUUCAUGAUCCAAAUGACAAAGAUGGGACUCAAUCCCUUGAGAAUUCAAUAGAUGAUGUCUUGACAAAGAGAAUAACAUGUAAAAGAAAACGAAGGGUCCCUGAAAAUGUAAUGCCCAGUGAGCCCCUGAUAGAUGAGGACCUGAAAGCAGAAACAAUUUCAGAUUGUUGUGAUAGGAAUGGGAGCAAGUCAGAAACAGAUCUUGUCCCAAUUACUUCUCAUGCAAAAUCUCCAUCCUGUGAAUCUAACUUGGAUGCCAUAAUGCAAGAGAGAGUGGCAUCUGUAUAAGUUCUGCAAGAUAGCUUGGAAGAGAUACUAGUGACUUCUAGAAGGAUGGAAGCUGAGUUCCAAGCUCUGGCAGUCUUUUCAGUUAGUGAGUUGUUAGAUUGCGAGGGAAGACAACAUAAAAGCUUUUAAGCAUGUCUCAAGAGAAUACAGUAGACAUGGCCUAACAACUCUCUUGUACUUGUAGGACUACAGAUUUAUCUAAUAUGGUGGGGUACACAACGAGUUUUGUGUUAUUCAUAUGAAGGAUGAAAACGCAUCUAAAAGCACUGAAGAAGUCGCUAAUGCAGUGAACAAAGGAGCUUUGUUUCCAAUUAUGGGCCAAUUAUGGAAAACAUUUUCUGGAAGAGUUGGAGGAAAAGAUCGGUGUUGUUUCUGAAGCAGAAGUUCUCGAUUUUGCUUUCUCUGAGCUAUCCUUUGGUGUUUGGUGCCCAAAUUAGAUUGAUCUAUGAUAUAUGCAAUCGGUUUCUUGCAUGGUUUUGUUGAUUUGCUCAUUGAGUCAAUGCCUGGCCUUUUCCUUUCCUGAGAAGACACUUCUAACUGAUUUCCUUGAAGAGAAGUAUAAAAGUUUGUUGCGGAUAGAUGAAGUUGCGACUACAUAUAUCACCAAAUUAGUAUCUGUAUGGGUAUUUGAUUGGAGAUAUAUGAGUGAAGUUUUUCUAACCAAAGUCGCAUUGGAUAUUUUUUGGAGGCCAAGCAAUCAUCUUGGAGUUCACACUUCACACCAUCAAAUUGAAAUUAUUUGUAGAGUUUCAACACCAUUAUUGUAAGAACUGAUGAUUAUUUUGAAUGAGAACGCCUUUUUGUUCAUUUCUUAGACUUCCCCGCCUUUAAGAGGAGUCUGUACAGUGCAUUCCCCAUCAUACUAUUUAACUAUGAUCAAAUUUUAGAUGGCUUGUAUACAGUGCAUUCUCCAUCAUACUA